UCUGUUUUCUGAACUGGGACACCAUUAGGACGACACAAAAUGGCUGUAGAGAUAUCUAUGAUCAGUGUUGGAGCUAUUUUCCUGCUUUUAUUGCUUAUAGUGGUUCUGAUUUCAGGCCAGAGAGACAAACAUGAACAGAGGAAUAAGAAAAUAAGCAAGUCUGCAGGAGCUGAAUCUGGACUUCAGCACAAUCUGUAUCAGUCUCUUUCUCGUUCUUCAUCACCUUCCAUUCCAGGACCCCCAAGUGUUUUCCUCAUUGGUAAUAUGAUGGAGCUGACACACGACCACCUACCAAUUCACCUCACCAAUCUGGCACAACGCUAUGGAGACAUUUACCGCCUCAAAUGUGGAAACACAACCAUGGUAGUGCUUAAUAGUGGUGAAGUCAUAAGGGAAGCGCUGGUGAAGAAAUGGUCAGACUUUGCAGGGAGACCGAUUUCAUAUACAGGUAACAUUGUUUCUGGGGGAGGGCACAACAUCUCUCUGGGGGAUUAUACUGAGGAGUGGAGGGCACAUCGCCGUCUGGUCCACAGCGCCUUGCAGCACUGCUGCCAGCAAUCUUUACACGGUGUGAUUGAGAAACAGGCUUUGCAUCUGAGGAAGGUUUUGAUGGCCUAUCAGGGGAAGGCUAUUGAUCUCUCAGAAGAUUUCACAGUGGCAGCCAGUAAUGUCAUCACCACUUUGGCCUUUGGAAAAGAAUAUGAUAAGACCUCAUCUGAGUUGCAGCAGCUACACAACUGUCUCAAUGAGAUUGUUGGUCUGUGGGGCUCGUCUUGGAUUUCUGCACUGGACUCCUUUCCACUGCUCAGAAAAUUACCCAAUCCAGUAUUUUCCUGUCUUCUCAAAGAGGUGGCCAAGAGAGAUAAAAUCAUUGCACAACAUCUCAGUGAUUAUAAGAUGCAAAACAAAAAAAAUGAGGUUGCCAUAACAGGAUUAAUUCUGCGAGGCCUUGAGAAACAUCACAAUGCAGAACAUGAGCAGCCUUUAACAGAUGUUCAUGUUCAUAUGGCGACUGUUGACCUUCUCAUCGGGGGAACGGAGACCACGGCAGCCUGGCUGAACUGGACUGUGGCCUUCCUGUUGCACAGACCAGAGAUGCAAACUGAGGUGUAUGAGGAGCUGUGCUCUGUAUUAGAGCAACGUUAUCCCAAGUACAGCGACAGACACAGACUUCCUGUGCUGUGCUCUCUGAUCAGUGAGAUGCUCAGACUUAGACCAGUGGCUCCUUUGGCGGUGCCACACCGAGCCAUCAGAGACAGCAGUGUUGCUGGCUAUUUCAUCCCUAAGAAUACAAUCAUCAUUCCGAACCUUUUUGGCGCACAUCACGACCCUGCGGUUUGGUCUGAGCCGUACAGCUUCAAACCAGAGCGCUUUCUGGAAGGAGGAGGAGGCUCCACUCGUGCCCUGGUGCCUUUUGGAGGUGGGGCUCGGCUCUGCUUGGGGGAGUCUGUCGCCAGAAUGGAGCUCUUUCUGUUCACCGCCUACUUACUGAGAGAUUUUCAGUUUGUACUUCCUGAGAGCGAGAUCUCCCCACCUGACCUGAGAGGGGUUGCCAGUGUUGUACUUAAGAUCAAGUCCUACAAAGUUAUAGCACGUCCCAGACCUAUGACUGAUCUAUAAAAU